AUGUUACUGCAAGUAUUUGUUUUGUCGUAUUCGAUCAUUUUACUUUGGUUCAUUUUUUUAAUGAGUUUUUAUGAAGAAGAUUUUACGGAAUCUAUGGCUGUGAUAACGUUGAAAGCUGGUUUUGCAAUACCUUUUUGUAUUUAUCAAAUGUAUAUAUCUUGUCAUAUGUUUGAAACCUUACACAUCAAAAAAGAUUCUAUAAUAUUUGCGUUGUAUAGUUGCAAUUGGACAGAAAUGGACAUGAAAUGUAAAAAAUUGAUUUUGUUAACAAUGAGAAUGAAUAAUGCGCACCACCAAAAAUUACAAUAUACGAGGACAAGAAUUAUUAACAUGGAAAUAUUUUAUCAUACUAUGCGUGUUUGUUACACAAUUAUAAAUGUGUUACAAAAUUGUAAAAAAGCAAAAUUGUUUUAACAAUAUCAAGUUUAAAUGUUGGGUAUGUUACUUUAACAAUUAAUAUCGUUGUUAGUCUUAAACCUUAGUUAGUAAUUAUGUUCAUUCAUAAUGUAUAACUUUAA